AUGGACCCUGACCAUCAUGAGGCUACCAACCUGCAAGGGUUCAAUCUUAUCCUUCCGCUCCCAUACCGCGUUGCGGUGAUCUUGGUUGCAGGCGUAUGGGGAUGGGGUUUCAAUCUUCAUUAUCUAUCACUUCUAAGAAUACAAGCGCAGGACGUUCCCGCUUUAAUCCGUUAUCCUUCACGGUCGUCGACGGGCAGCGUUCCUGUCUAUAAGUCGACCUACCACCUUUCUACGCUCCUUUCUAUACCUCUCGCCAUCUCUCUUCUUCUUUUCUGGACAACCACCCAUCGAUCCCCCGAGCUGGUUCUCGCCUGGGAAGCGCUUCCGCAAUCCUACCUUUUCCUCUUCGUUGUUUUACUCUUCCUUCCGCUACAUCGUCUAUCGCGUGCUGGGCGCCAUCGCUUACUGGUGACCUUGAGACGAAUUAGUCUCGGUGGACUUGCGGAAGCCCAGGAUGGAAAAUUUGGCGACAUAUUAUUUGCUGAUGUGCUCACGAGUUACGCAAAAGUCUUUGGGGAUCUUUUCGUUAGCACGUGUAUGUUCUUUUCUUCGGGGGUGUCGAGCACGGGUGUUCCUAAUCGAGCAUGCGGGGGUAAUCUUGCCGUUCCGCUCCUUAUAUCGAUUCCCAGCAUGAUCCGUCUCCGCCAAUGUUUGAUUGAAUAUUCGCGUGUUCAACGGCGCGGGAACAGGAGCAUCGAUGGCUGGGGGGGCCAACAUCUAGCCAACGCAUUAAAAUAUUCAAGCGCUUUCCCCGUCAUUAUUUUAACUGCAUUGCAACGGAGUUACGACUCUUCGAGAGUUGGAAUGAGUGAGGCUGGUUUGCAUAAAUUAUGGGUCUUAUCGGCGCUAGUUCAUUCUUCCUUUACAUUUUAUUGGGAUGUUUCCAAAGACUGGGACCUCUCGCUUUUCUCUGACCUCAUCACCCAAUUCCGACGCAAUCCAUACCAUCUCGUCAACAAUACUUCCGCUCUCUCCCAACCCAACAACUUCGAUAUCGCUAUCGACCGGCCCUUUGGCCUCCGCACCCACCGCUUCUUCCACGCAAACGGAAUCUACUACGGGGCAAUCCUGGUCGAUUUCAUUCUCCGGUUCACGUGGCUGUCCCGACUCAGCGUGCGAUUGAACUGGAUUAAUGAUUUGGAAAGCGGCGUUUUUAUUCUCAUGUUCCUGGAGGUAGCAAGACGGUGGAUGUGGAUUUUCUUGAGAGUCGAGACAGAGUGGGUCCGAAGCACUCGUGGUCCGGCGCCAGACGAUAUCCUUUUGGGAGAAUUUACACCUAAAUUAGAUGAAGAUUAA